AUGGCUUCGACCUCGUCCGCAUUCAACAACAGCCGCAUCCGAAACCACGAUGACAAGGUAUUGCUGGCGCGCAUUACUGAGUACUUCGAAGCUUUCGCCAACGCCGAUGCCCAAAAGAUGGACAGUAUGGUGGCUGCUGAUUAUCGCAUGUCCGACAUCCCCCUCAGUAUCGUCAGGUCCCCCAAAAGGGCCUGGUUUGAACAGAACAGCGGGUUUGGCGGCCUUAUGACGAACAUCUCAGUGGAAGCCAUUACGCUGCACGGCAGUUCCUCGCCCGGCUCGUUUGCGGUCUUGGAAAACGUGGUGCGGUUCACAUUGAAGGUUGAUCCUCCCGAGGCAGCAAAGCCCAAUCUUCCUCCGGGGAUAAAGAAGGGCGAUUCCUCGGGUAUGAUCAUGCUGUCUACCAUAUGGUGGAAUGCUGAUGGGAAAAUUGCCCGCGAGCUUGAGUAUGGGAAGUUGUUGUGGGAUGGCUUUGAUAUUAAUGCCUUUAACACUUGGUGA